AUGUCGUCUCCUCAAGAAGUUGCUGCGAGUGGCUCGCGUCCAUCUAUGGAGGCAACGCACAACAACAAGCUGCGAUCCGAGGAAGAUGGCGCAUCGGUGGACAAGGUCAUCCACACUACCGCCGAGCACGAACAUGUCGAAGGCGGCGUCACCGCUACCGAGCGUGCUCACCUCAAGCAGGGCCUGGAGCAGCGUCAUCUGUCGAUGAUCGCGCUGGCUGGCUCCAUCGGCACGGGUCUCUUCCUGUCGCUCGGCGGGUCGAUCCAGACUGGUGGUCCGCUCGGUGCGCUCCUCGGCUACGCGGUCGUGGGAGCCAUUGUAUGUGCGGUGCAGUUUGCGCUCGGUGAGGUCUCGGCACUUCUACCCGUGACUGGCUCCUUUGUUCGCCAUGCCGACUACCUCAUUGACCCCGCGUGGGGUUUCGCCGUGGGUUGGAACUUGGUGUAUGGAAACGUGCUUUCCAUCCCAUCCGAGAUUUCGGCCAUCUGCGUGUUGUUCCAGUUCUGGACCGAUAUCAACUCGUCGCUUUGGAUCGUGGUCUUCAUCCUCCUCACGUUCACUAUUGGCAUUGUGUUCGUUCGCGCCUACGGCGAGGUCGAAUUCGCCUUUGCAUCCCUCAAGCUUCUUACGAUCGUCUUCCUGAUCAUCUUCGGCCUGGUCGUUAACCUGGGCGGCAUUCCUGGUGUCGAGCGAAUUGGAUUCCGAUACUGGGAUACGCCUGGGCCGUUCGUCGAAUACAUCGGAACCGGUGCUUGGGGACGCUUCCUUGGCUUCUGGAGCUGUAUGAUCAACGCCGUUUUCAGCUUCGCUGGAGUUGAAUCCCUCGCCAUGGCCGCUGCUGAAACCAGGAACCCGGGCCGAACAAUUCCACGAGCUUGCAAGCGCGUGUUCCUUCGAAUCGUCCUCUUCUAUCUCCUAGCGGUGCUCGUUGUUGGAAUGCUGGUUUCUUCGGACGAUCCUCGACUUGACGACGAAUCAGGAACCGCCGCCCAAUCGCCCUUCGUCAUCGCCGUCUCCACAGCAGGCUACUCCGCCGUCGGCUCGGUUAUCAAUGCCGUCGUUAUCACGAGCGCCUGGAGCAGUUCCAACCAGGCUCUGCUAGCCGGGACCCGAGUGCUGUACGGUCUUGCCUUGAAGCGACAGGCACCUCGUUUCUUCCUCACCACCACCUCGUGGGGCAUCCCGAUCUACUGCACGAUCUUCUUCACGGCUUUCAUGUUCCUGGCCUUCAUGUCGCUCUCCUCGGGUGCCCUGACCGUCUUCUACUGGUUUGUCAGUCUGACCGCGGCAGGUGUACUCGUCUCGUGGUCCACCGUGUUGUUCAACCACAUCCGCCUCAAGACAGCUUUGAGACGCCAGGGCAUCCCGGCCUCGGAGCUGCCGUGGAACAACGGCUGGACGCUCUACUCGAGCUAUGUUGCGCUGGUCAUGUGCAUCGUCAUCCUCUUCACCGGAGGCUUUAGCGUGUUCACCACUGGAAGGUGGGACGCUAACAGCUUUGUUUCAAGCUACCUCGACAUUCCGCUCGUCAUUGUCUUCUUCUUGGGAUGGAAGUGGAUCAAGAAGACCAAGUGGGUCAAGUUGGAGGAAUUGCCGCUGCGCGAAGCAAUUGAGCAGGCCAAGGAGCGAGCAGAGCAGGCAGAGAGGGAGCAGGAGGCCGAACAGGCUCUGAAGGGUAGAAGGACUUGGCUUCGGUUCAUCAGCUGGAUCUGGGACUGA